CUCUUGCCUCCAACAGAAUACUCGUUGGUCCAAAAUGCUUUCUUCACGGAUCCGAAUGACCAAAGCGCCUGGUUCUACUAUCGUUGGCUGUUAGGACGAGCGGACCGUCCUGAGACUAUCAGUUGCCUGUACGCAAGUUUCAAGGAGCAGAGGGUGGUGGUCGGAUUCUCUAGGGCCAUCAACGUUCUCUCAGAACCCGGACUGCUGCUCCUGAUGGUGGACAAUCGCCCUGUGCCCUCCCACUGGCACACCCCGGACAACAGGAACAAACACAGCCACGUGUGGCUCUGCGAGCUACCAGUAGGGACACUCAACACGAGGUUUGAGGAGCAGAGUGUCCGAGUGCUGUGGGGCGAGGGACAUGUGGCAAAGGAGUGUUACUGUAUGGACCGAGGCCGUGGUGAAGGAUGGUCCCGCGAUUCCGCUACAGACGAACAGCUGUUUCGCUGUGAGCUGUCGGUGCAGAAGUCCACGGUCCUGCAGUCAGAGCUCGAGUCCUGCAAGCAACUCCAGGAGCUGGAGCCCGGGAACAAGUGGUGCGUGCUGACCGUCAUCCUCCUGAUGCGAGCUCUGGACCCGCUGGGCUACGAGCAGGAGACCCUGCGCUACUUCCAGACGCUGAGGGCGGCCGACCCCGUGCGUGAAGCCUACUUUGCCGACUUGCGGAGCCGCUACCUGGUGGAGAACGCGGUCCUGAAGAUGGAGUACGCGGAGACACGGGUCAUCCAGUUGGCCGAGAAGGAAUUGACCACCUUGUGUCACCUGGACCAGCUCCUGUUGGUCACUCACAUGAACCUGUCUGGGAAUCGGCUGAAGUCACUGCCACUCCAGUUCGCGGGGAUGCAGUGUCUGGAGGUUCUCCACGCCGACGACAACGAGAUCGAGUCCAUCGCCGGCCUCUGCAACCUCCCGAAGCUGGAAGUGGUGUCUCUCCGGGAAAACCGCCUGCGGGACCCGGCUGACCUCCGCCCCCUGGCCUCCUGCCCGCGGCUCUCGGUGCUUAUGCUGGCGGGUAACCCGCUGUGUCAAGAGGAGGACGUCGCGCAGGCUCUCUCCUCCCUCCUGCCGGGCGUGGAGGAGAUCGUGACGUGAGAGGAGCGAGCGGGGGAUGUGGCGGAGACCCCCCCCCCCAGGCUUCACGGUGUUGGGGUGGUGGGUCGGUGGGUGCUGGGGGUCGGGGGUCAGAGGGGAGCGAGUGAGGGCGGGCCGGGGUGUCGUGGCGUUGGACCCUGCUGACCGAGCCGGUUGAUACUCGGCUCCCCAGACCUGUGACUGGUCAACCCCAGCGAGAGGAGGCCAUUUGGCCCCUUGUGCCAGCUCCGCCCAUUCUUUUAGCUUGCGGACCUUGACCACAUUUCCACCAAACCCCCUCCCCCACCCCAGACUGCCC